AUUGUUCACUGUUAUUUGUGUUAGAUAUUGAGCUCUGCAGUAUUUAGUAUAUGACCUUCUUUUCUUCUUGUGGGUAACUUCAUUUGUCUCCUCUAAAAGUAAUUUUGUUUAGUUUCUUGUCUCUUGGAUAAAUUUUCCUUUUUCGUCCUGCCCCUAGUCUAUUAAUAUACCUUAUUGCAUGGAUACAUUUGAAAGUGAGGGUAAGAUUCAACCUGUAAUGCUUUACUGACUUUUUGAAGAGUUUGAGAGUUUUUUCUAAAUUUGAAAGCCAUAAUGCUUAUGAAUUACCGCAUUUUCCGUAUUUCAUACAUGAAGAAAUUGACAACUGCGUUGUUACAAUCUGUAUUUGUUCCCCACGCAGAUGUUUUGAGGGGUGGUUAAGCAUUGAAUUGAGUGAUGGUACAGAGCGAUAGCAUUUACUCCCACAAGCCUUCACUGAGAUGUGGCAACUUUAGCUGGUCUGCCACUAAAAGCUGUUCAGAAUGCUGGAUGAAGUACGUGGGGCAGAAGCUGUGUAACGCCAAGUACGUGUGACCUGGAGAAAUAGGUUUGUAAUGAUUGAUUGGCAAGGGGAGGUUGGUAACGGGAGCAGAACCAAACGAGGUCUCUGUCACUGAAAAAAGAUCUCUAGUGUUCAGACUUCUUUUAAUUUGUCAGUUGUUAUUGACUAAAGAUUUGCUAUCCCUACAUGGGUUUAGAUAAGUAAGUUUUUCUUUUGAGCAAUCAUAAAUUUGGCCGUAAGAAAGAAAUGUUUACGGUACUGGCUGAUGAGUUUACAGGACGUGUUUCUCUUUUCUCACAAACUGAUUUUUAUCUGAGAUCAGCUCCGUUUACCCAACUUCAUCUUGUGUAAACUUCUACUCUUGGCAAAAGGAUGAGGGAGCGACUUGUUUACUUGAAGACACUGUAGUAAGAAGGAGAUUGGUUUGCUCAGUGAAAACCACAGUUUUUGAACAGGUUCUUUUCCGUUAGUCCCAUCAGUCUUGCCUUUUGCCCGUUAUGUGCCUUAGGGAGAGAAAUAGGCAUAUGCAAGAGCUAAAUUCAGCUUUAUGAAAGUCAUUUUCCUUGGCUCUUUCAUUAUUCAGCACUUCCACUGCACGUUGGAGAGUCUCAAAAGUGUUUUCACCUUGGCAUGAAAAGGGACGUAGGCCCAAAUAGUUUCCAGAUAGUCUUGGAGGGCAAGAUUAAAGUUCACUGUUGUGUCUUGUGAUUCCAUGGCGUUAUACCUGGUUUUGUGACAUGCUGCUGUGAUCUGAAUUUCAACCCGCUUCUCACAGAAGUAGGCUGAUAGCUGAACUGGCCCUGAUGGUUCUGACUUUAGUAACUCUAAGUGAUAGUCCUUAAAGCUCAGUCUGAGUUAUCCUCCUUGAGCUUGGAAACCCAUUCUUCUGAUUCCCUUCUGUCCAGUCCCUCCCAGGUGAAAGAAACUCUUAUGUAUUGACUGGAAGAAAGUCAAGCAGUCUGAUACCACAAUUUACUCCCAGUUGUGUCUUUAUAUUUUAUUGCCUGAGCACAGAUGGGCUGAGUAGAAGAGCCUUAGUUUACCCUGGAAGCUUGUCCCAGCAAGCUGUUGGACAUGUAAAUCGAGACAACGAGGUAGCAAAUGAGGCCUUGGCCUUUGAUUGUUAUUGGAGGCUCUUCUGAUAGAAACCAGGAAACCAUGGGAGCUUUCCAGGAAUUUCCACAGGUUGAAGCUGCUAGGCUGUAUAACAAACUGUCUGUCCGCCCAAGCAGCCUGGAAGUGAUUCCUGCUGUUAUUGAAAAGGCUGUAAGAACCAGCAUUUAUGGCCGCCCAGGUUCCUGUUACGUCGACAUACCUGGGGAUUUUGUGAAUCUUCAGGUGAAUAAGAGCUCUGUCAAGUAUGUAGCAUGCUGCCCGCCACCUCCCAUCAGCACAGCUGAGCAUUCUGCUGUAUCUGAAGCAGCAUCUAUCAUUGCUCAUGCCAAGCAGCCUCUGCUAAUCAUUGGCAAAGGUGCUGCUUAUUCACGUGCUGAAAACAACAUCAGAAAGCUGGUGGACCUUUCUGGACUGCCUUUUUUGCCUACACCAAUGGCAAAAGGAGUAGUUCCUGAUAACCAUCCAAAUUGUGUAGCUGCAGCAAGAUCCACGGCAUUACUACAUGCUGAUGUAAUCAUCUUGCUUGGUGCUAGGUUGAACUGGAUUUUGCAUUUUGGACUUCCACCAAGGUUCCGACAAGAUGUAAAGGUUAUUCAGAUUGAUAUUUGUGCAGAAGAGAUGGGGAAUAAUGUGAGGCCAGCUGCAAUUCUAUUAGGUGACAUAAAUGCCAUAACUAAGCAGCUUUUAGAAGAGUUCAGCAGAAGACCUUUGAAAUAUCCCUCUAAUACAGAGUGGUGGAAAAGACUCAGAGAGAAAAUACUGAACAACGAGGAAAGAUCAAAGGAUUUAGCAUUACAGAAGUCCCUGCCAAUGAAUUAUUACACAGUCUUUCAUCACAUCAGAGAGCUGAUACCCAAGGACUGCAUUUUAGUAAGCGAAGGAGCAAACACCAUGGACAUUGGACGGACUAUGCUUCCUAAUUAUCAUCCCCGUCAAAGGCUUGAUGCAGGUACUUUUGGAACAAUGGGAGUUGGACUGGGUUUUGCCAUAGCAGCUGCACUGGUGGCCAAAGACCGAACACCUGAGAAGCGAGUCAUCUGCAUAGAAGGAGAUAGCGCUUUUGGAUUUUCUGGGAUGGAGGUGGAAACUAUUUGCAGGUACAACUUGCCAAUCUUGAUUAUCGUAGUAAACAACAAUGGGAUUUACACUGGUUUGGAUGCAAGUAGCUGGAAAGAGAUGUUACAGUAUGGAGAUCCUGUUACAAGCGUACCUCCUGUUUCCCUCCUUCCAAAUGCACGCUAUGAGGAAAUUAUGUCUGCCUUUGGUGGUAAAGGAUACUUUGUUAAUACACCAGAAGAACUGCAGAAUGCUGUGAAAGCAAGUUUGGCUGACGGGCGAACACCUUCUCUAAUAAACGUAAUGAUUGAUCCGCAGUCUGAGAGAAAGAAACAGGAAUUUCCCUGGCUUACUCGUUCUAACCUGUAAAAGAAGAAGAAGUUGACCAUGGUGCAAGACAAUGCAUGAAGCAAAACUAAAUUGGUUUUCAGAAUAGGGAACAGUACAACUUUUGCAUAAACAGUGGAACAAAACAGAAUUUAAAGAUUACUCUGAUAUCAAUUUUUAAGUGCUGAAAUUACGUAACUGUGUAGUGAACAAGACCCAUUUUAAUGUAUUCCAGAAUGUCUAAGCAGAUUGCACAGAAAUACGGAUGGUAAGACUGCAUAACUUUUCAUUUUCUUGAAGCCAUAUUCAUCAAGAUUUGUGAAUUAAAAUCUUAAGCAUUCUGGAAGAAGAGAGUACAUUGACAGUUUUACACUGUAAAACAGAAGUUUUAGGCAGUCUGCAAUUACAGUGGCUUCAUUUUUAACUGAUGCUACUUGUUUGAGACCUUGUCUUGUGACUACUGAAAUGAAGUAUUGUGCAAGUGCUCAUUGGCCUAAUUGUGCAUUUAAGCCUACUGGGGAAAUAGUCGCUUAAUAAUUUUACACGAUGCUUUUUAGCUUCUACUCUAGGUAGAAGCAGUGUAUCAAAAAUAACUUCUUUACGGUAAGGAGUACUGGAACAGGCUGCCCAGAGAGGGUUGGAGUCUCCUUCUAUGGAGAUAUUCAAGACUCGUUUGGAUGCCUACCUGUGCAACCUAUUGUAGGGUACCUGCUUUAGCAGGGGGGUUAACAGCCUACUCAAGGACUGAUUUUUGUCUAUUGCACUUUGAGAUUUUCAAGAGGGGACAUUGGUCUACUUGAUUGAUCUACUGCAUCUUCACCCAUUGUUGCAUCUGGCAACCUGAACUAGAGCUCACACUUUAAAAGGAGCUCUUCCUCUGUGCUUCUGUCACAGUGACCUACAGCAGCUGUACUUCUGCAGUAUGCUACCAAGCAGGUUACUUUAUAUGUUCUUACAUGCAUUGGGAGGUUCCUUGUUGUUAUGUACAUAUAAGAGAAAAUUCUGGCUCUCAUUGGGUUUUGGUUGCUUUCUUGUCAGUUAUUCCAUUAAGUGUUACUUAACUAAUGAAAGACAUUGGGAUGGAUGAAGGAAGAUAGGGACUGGGCUGCCACGAGAUCCUUGUCUACAGUUUGGUUUGCUGCGAAAACCUUAGCUUAGUUCUUACGCUUCAGUCUGGGUCUGGCAGGAGUCUGUGGAUUACUAUUAAGCAGUAUUAUUUCUACACACUCCUGACAUGACCAAGAGCACUGCACGCUACUGGAGAUAACACUAUCUAUGCAAUAUGUUUGGUGAUACUCAUAGUGCCACAUGGCUACUUGAGACUGUGAAGGUAACAUCCACAGGACGGUUAAGAAAUGCCAAAAGAUAAAAGCCAUUGAGUGGAUACAAUGCACGAAUCAGUCUAAGACAGCUGAGACAGGAGGGUUAUGUUCUGUGGGGUCUUCUGCGGGGAAUGUGGAACAACACUGGAUCUUGGCACAGAUUUUCUUUCAUUCUUCCUUCAACUCUCCACAAAUUGGAUUUAAUAUGUUGGGGCAAUUAAACACACUGUAUUUUGGUGAUGCAAAAUGUCUGUAAAAGGUAAUGCUGGGGCUGAUCAGAAGGGAGAUCAUUUGUAUUGGAUAAGCAAAUACAGAGAUUCUUGUUUUAUAUUUUUAAAAUCAAUAAAAAGUGAUUUUCAUGGUGUUUCUUCUUUAA